AUGGGCUGAGACUGCUCAUCUGGGAUGGCGGUGCGGGUGUCCGUCCUGCCCUCCCGCAGGUGCCUGUUCGAUGAUCCUGUGCACGUCCAUGUGGCCGGUCUGCAGCCGCGGCAGGCGGUCACCCUCCGAGCCAGCCUGGUGGACGAGAGCGGCGAGCUUUUCCAAGCCCACGCCCUCUACAGGGCUGGGAGCAGCGGGGAGCUGGAUCUCAGCCGCUCCCCAGCAUCGGGGGGCAGCUAUUUGGGAGUGGAGCCGAUGGGGCUGCUCUGGGCUCUGCAGUCCAAAACGCCCUAUAAGCGGCUGGCAAAGAGGAACGUCCUGACCCCUUUCUGCGUGGACCUGGAAGUGUAUGAGGGCCAUGGGGACAUGAGCCGCUUGCUGGGAAAAUGCACCAAUGAACGGUGGUUUUUAGGAGAGGGCGUGAAGAGGAUUCCGGUCAGAGAAGGUCGUCUCAGAGCAACCCUCUUCCUCCCUCCUGGACCGGGCCCAUUUCCUGGACUUAUUGAUUUGUAUGGAUCUGGAGGAGGUCUUAUUGAAUACAGAGCAAGUCUCCUGGCUAGCAGAGGCUUUGUGACUCUGGCUCUUGCUUACAUGUCCUUUGAAGAUAUUCCUGCUAUGCCAGAGAUUCUUGAACUGAGCUAUUUUGAGGAGGCUGUGAACUUUUUGCAGAAGCAGCCGCAGGUGAAAGACACUGGGAUCGGUGUUUUGGGCUUGUCUAAAGGAGGUGAUUUAGCCCUUUCCAUGGCCACAUUUCUACCUGGCAUCAAGGCAGCUGUCAGCAUAUCUGGAAGUAGUUUUAAUUCCUUCAUUCCCCUGAAGGGGGAUGGCUUCACUCUUCCUGUCCACCCAUAUGACUUGGGGAGGAUGAAGAUCAGUGAUGAGUCUGGACUAGUAGAUUUUUCAGAUGUCUUAGACGAUCACACAGACCCAGCAACUUGGGAUUGUCGCAUUCCUGUGGAGAAGUCCUUUGCCAAGUUCCUCUUCUUGUGUGGUCUGGAUGACAUGAACUGGAAAAGUGACCUCUAUUGCCGGGAUGCUGUUCAGCGCCUUCAGCAGCACGGCCGGGAGGUGAAGUUUUACUCCUAUUCUGGAGCAGGACACCUCUUGGAGCCACCAUACUUGCCUCUGUGCAAAGUUUCAAUUCACAGGGUGCUUGGGAUGUUGGUGCAUUGGGGAGGGCAGUGGAGAGAGCAUGCUAAAGCCCAAGAAGAUGCCUGGCGCAGGAUACAGGCCUUUUUCUGGCAACAUUUGAUGGACUCAGACAUCCCUACAAGUAAGCUGUAG